GCUGUACCUGAAGGGCUCCUACCUGCGCUGCACGCGGCACAUGGAGGUGGCGUUCAUGGUGUGCGCCAUCAACCCGUCCAUCGACGGCCACACCGACAGCCUGGAGCUGCUGCAGCUGCAGCAGCGCCUGCUCUGGCUGCUCUACGACAUGGGGCACCUGGACAGGUACCCCAUGGCGCUGGGGAACUUGGCCGACCUGGAGGAGCUGGAGCCCACCCCCGGCCGACCCGACCCCCUCACCCUGUACCACCAGGGCAUCCACUCUGCCCGCACCUACUACAACAACGAGCACAUCUACCCCUACCUGUACCUGGCCGGCUUCCACUGCCGCAACAAGAACGUCAAGGAGGCGCUGCAGGCCUGGGCCGACACGGCCACCGUCAUCCAGGAGUGAG